CCGGCCCACGCUGUGUAACUUUGAAAGCGCCGUUGAUGCGUGAACUUCCUGUCGCUGGCAUUUUCGUAUCCUCCAACUUUACCGUUUGACUGAGGAGUUGAGUAAAUGAGAGACAUGUCUUCAUCACCAACAUUUUCAGGUAAAGACCCAAACCAACACAAGAGAGUAUCUGUUAAAUCCAAUCCUGGAUUCCUGGAGCGACUCAGUGAAACUGCAGGAGGAACAGUCGUUGGUGUCGGCCUGUUUUUCCUCUCAAUUUAUAUUCUCUUCACCAAUGAGGGACGGGCUCUGCAAACAGCAUUGUCCCUGGAUGAGGGUCUGUCUCAGGUCGUGUCAUUGGGACCUUUCUCCAGCCUCGACCUGCAGAACAACAACCGUUUAGUUCAUCUGUCUGCACAGCUGAGAACCUCACAGCCCCUACACGACCCCAACUACAGAGUGGUGGUGCAGGCAGUGAAGCUGAAGAGGCAGGUGGAGAUGUAUCAGUGGGUGGAGUACCAGGAGAGCAAGGACUACCAAGAGAACGGUGAGACCAAAACUGAGACAACGUACACCUACAACACUGAGUGGAAAUCAGAGUUGAUCAACAGUCGUAAUUUCGAUGAGGAAAUCGGCCACCAGAACCCAAGUGCCAUGGCGGUGGAGAGUGUCACAGUGGUGGCUCCUGAAGUCAGAGUUGGAGCUUUCAUUCUGUCUAAAGGCCUGGUGGAGGAGAUAAAUAACUUCCAGACACUCAGAUUGAGGGAUUUUACUGCCUUUAACUUGGACCCCUUUCUCAGCAUUGAUGACGAUUAUUUCUAUCACACUCAACACCCACGCAGGCCGGAGGUUGGUGAUGUGCGUGUGAGAUUCUCCUUCGCUGGACUAAGCGGUGAGACGUCUCACCUGGGCCCACCUCAAACUGUUAGUAUUGUAGCCAUGCAGAGGGGGGAGCAGCUGAUGCCUUUUCGAACCAAAUCAGGAGACACCUUGGAGAUCCUGUACCUGGAGGAGCUCUCUGCAGAGGAGGUUUUUGCGAAAGAACAGCAGCACAACAGUAUGAAGACAUGGGGACUCAGGGCUGCAGGCUGGGCCCUCAUGUUCCUUAGUAUUCAGCUGACCAUGCGUAUCAUCUACACAUUGGUGGAUUGGGUCCCUGUUCUCAGAGAGCUCGUGUCUGUGGGGCUGAAGAUCUUCGCCUUGUGUGUCUCCUGCUCUCUGUCUCUUCUCACCAUCGGUGUAGGUUGGCUUUUUUACCGACCGUUGGUGGCUGCUGCUCUUGGAGCACUAGCUCUGCUUCCAGUGUUUCUCGCCCGCUCCGGACUUCCAGCCAAGAAGAACGAGUGACAAUGGAACUGAUGACAACAGUUUCUGAUGCCUGGCUGUCGCCGUCCAUCGGAGGUGUCAGACAGUAUUGUGUGCAGCUGUUUUUUUCACAGCCGAGUUACAAACCACAUAGGACUUUCUUAGCUAAAACAGACAUUCUGCGUGCAUGUGUGUGUGUGUGGUUCUGAUAUGUAUCAUAAUUGGUUUAAUCCAAAUUCAGUGUUUCAUUGAUAUUAAUUGUUACAACGGACAACACUUUAGUGUUUAGUGGAUGAAGAAAAAAAACUCACAUCAGCCACCACUGAUGUCCUAUCACACACAAGUGGAAGCUGUUUUUGUUGUUGCCACCUUCAGACGGCAGAUUUGAUCAGAUGUGGCCUUUUAAAAAAUUCAUGCACCCCUGCAAAGCCUCACUGUGUUCUCACUUCUUUUUUUUUUGCUUGAAACUGCGCUGCGAAGCCGCUUUGAUCCUUAAUUUUCUUGCUCACAAUGACCAAUGCAAGAUUGCUGAAGUCUCAUUUUAACUGUAAAUAUAACUCGCCAAAGACUUUUUUCUCUCUCUCCACUCAGCUUAUACUCAGUAUAUUUACUCACCACCCAGUUUGUUUGGUGCAUCUAACUAAAUCUAAUGCAGUCUAAUACAACUGCUUUCAUUAAUUCUCCCUGCAUAAAGGUUGUAAUGUUCAAUGUACAAUUGAGUUUUCGUUUGGAAAAUGAUAAGCAUUAAUUCUUCUUCAAAGCACUUUGUCUGGACAAACAGUCUUUGUAAAAUGCCAAACACCUGUGGAUCUAAAAUUUUGUUGUAUUGUUUGUAUGUAUGCAAUGUAUGUUAAAUGAAGCACUUUUUGUAUCUGUCAACUUCA